CGCGGCAGUCUCGCUCGGCGCGUCGACUUGGCCGCAUCUCUGUGUGACGGCGCUUCGCGAUUGUGACCCGCAGUGCGCGAGUGACGUGCUAGCCCAGUGCGCGAGUGACCGGAGCCGGCGAGCCCCUCGCUAGGGGAGACGCCGCGGCGCCUACCUGCCGCCCGCGGGCGCGGACGCUGCCGGCGCACACCAGGUAGCGGCUCUUCCGCCCUAGUCACAUCGAACAAAUCUAGUGUAUGUCGCCAGUGCCCUGGAACGGCUUGCGUUCAAUUCACGGAUUUUUCUAGACAUUCGUGCUUAAAACUAAGUGUCAAAUAUCAUAACUACAGAUCGUGGGCUAGCAAGUGCUGGAUUAGGCGCGGGGCGGGCGCGGCGGCGAUGGCGCGCGCGCGGCGCCGGGCGGCAUGGCGGUGAGCUGCCCCGAGGUGAUGUACGGCGCCUACUACCCCUACCUGUACGGCCGAGGCGCCGCGCGCUCCUUCCACCACGCGCCGCACUUCCAGUACGACCGGUUGAACGUGCAAAGCUCGGGCAAUGCCAGCGCAGAGUACGCGGCCGCCGUCGGCUCGGGCGUGUCCGGCGCGUCGGGCUCGGCGUCGUCGGGCGCGUCGGGCGCGCAGUCGCCGGGCUCGCCGCCGCACGCGCACCACCUGGCGCACGCGCACCUGGCGCACCACGCGUCGCCGCGCCUGCGCGCCAAGGAGGAGGACCUGUCGGCGCACGGCCGCAACAGCGCCGACGCGUCCUCCGAGUCGGAGGGCGAGUGCGGCGGCGCGGCGCGCGCCCGCGCGCAGUACGUCAGCGCCAACUGCGUGGUGUUCACGCACUACUCCGGCGACGUGGCCGCCGUCGUGGACGAGCACUUCGCGCGCGCGCUGGCGCUCGACAAGCCCAAGGAGGGCGUCCCGCUGUCGGCGCGCAACCUGCCCGCGUCGUUCUUCAACGCGGCGGCGGGCGGCGGCGGCGCGUGCGCGCUGGAACUGUACGAGUACGACCCCUGGCACCAGCACUACGGGUACAACGCGCACCGGCACGCGGCGGAGUACCACGCGCACCACGGCAUGGCGGCGGGCUACGGCGGCCUGCUGCUGGGCCGCGGCUCGCUGCACGCGCAGUACAAGCCGGUGGAGUGGCCGCACCACGCGCACCACGCGCACGCCGCGCCGCACCUCGACCCCGCCGCCUGCUCGCCCUACUCCUACCCGGCGCCGCCAGGUCUGGAGGCGCCGGUGCAGGACACGUCGAAGGACCUGUACUGGUUCUGAGCGCGCGCGCCAUCCUACGAAGGCCGCGUACCGCCCUGGGAAGGCCUCGUGCCGCCCUGCGCCGCCCCGCGCCAGCUGACUCUGCGUCGCGCGCCCGGCGCCGGCCGCCACUCUAGUGCGACGUGCGCGGUGGACUUUUAGUGAAUUCGGUGGAGAUUCGCUCGAUUCGAUUUCUCACAUUUUGUAUUCAUAGCGGUUUGCGUUUUUUUUACUGGUUUUACGGCUUAGGAAUGAAGUUCUUCUUAUGUGGUGAGUGUUUAAGGCUUUUUUGGAAAAUUAAAAAAUAUCAUUGUAGUCAAUAUAAAUCAACCUCCUAAUACUCUCUGUUACUCUGGUACUUUUAUCCAUAGUUACAUGUCGAUUUCUGUCAGUAAGUACCUACCAUAUCAUUCUACGUAUUGUACCUACCUAAGUAAGCUUCUUAUAAGAACUUUUUUCAUAAAAAAAUACGCAAAUCGCUAGAAAUGCAAACCGUACAGAAAAUCAUGUAAUGUUUAUCGUUCAUACAAAAUAAGUAUCUCACUCGUGUGAGUCGCAACUCGCAGACCAACGCCGUAGUCUUUGUCGCAUGACGGACUACGGACUGUCGGUGGGCGUACAACCGGCGUGGAAAUCAUCUUGGACUAAGGCCUGCAAUAGCCACAUCUACCUCAUUUUAUGAAAGCUGAAAAUGCGUGUUCCUACCAUGUAAGUAGCCAAUUAUGGUGUUUGCCUAGUGGUAACCAAUUAUAAAUAAAAUAAUUAUGAAGUUUGGUAGUGGUUUUGGAAUUAGCAAGUAUCAAGGGUUUGAAUUAGCAAGUAAUCGUCCAAAUCUAAGUCUACUUAGCUUCAUGGCAAACCUUAGAAAAAUACCAUUUAAUAUCAAACUUCAGUGUAUAAUAAUAACAUUCAGUACCAGUGGCGGAUUUACCCUAAGGCGCAGUAGGCCCGGGUCUAGAGUGUUCAGAUGUUAGGCAGUUAUUUGUGACAAAAAAAAAUGUGGGGAAAAAAAAUGAAAAAAGAUCCAACUUUCACCAAUUACAACAAUUUUUAAUUUCAACACUUUCUUUUUCAUUAAAUCUUAAAACCGAUUAAAAUGCGCAAUUUUCCCCAAAACCUACGAAAGCAUUACGAAAUCAAACUUUGAUCAAAUUAAAAAAAUAAUUUAUUUAUCAUUGCAUUGAAUACAAAUGCAAUUCAUAAAAGAGAGGCCUAGGGCGGUCAAGACUACAAAUCCGCCACUGUUCAACACUAUGCCCUUGCAGGUGAGAAUCCAAAACAACAGCUGGUAGAAGAUGUAAAUUUUGGUCAUAUAUUUUUGUACGUUAUUUUUUUUACCAUCCAUGAAUAAAAAAUAAGAAAACACCUAAUGGCGUACAAAAUUGUAUAACCAAAACCGGAAAAAUCGCACUACGAGUAUUUAUUGCUUUAUGAUCUGGAGUCUUGAAACCUGCUACCUCACAAAAAGUCACUGCGAAUCUUCCUACCGUACUUACUCGUAUAUACAUAUAAUAGAAGCGUAGGCUGACAAACUCUCAGCCUUUAUAAAAUGAGGUAUGUCUGGCUAUCACAGACUCUCGUUCUAUCUGUGAUAAUUCUGUUUAUCGACGUCGGUGUCAUGCGCCCUGUGACAGUCCGCCGGCGUGUGGCGUGUCAUGUAUAUACAGUAGGCUAGAGUGUAAUUACGUAGGCUAGCUGGCGUCCGCGCGGGCGACCAAUCAUUACCUGCAUCACAGGGGCGGCGCUAGACGUCGGCGGCCUUCAGGGGCCCCUUAGUGCCCACUGGAAAAGUAAAAUUUAAAUAUAUGAAAUUAAAUGUAAAAUGAUUUUAAAAAUUAUGUUAUUAAAUUUAGUGUUAUACACAAACUACAAGUUAAAUUUUAAAAUAUUGUUAGUCCUUGACAAAUAGAAUGAUUUUUAUUUAAUGUUGGAUUUUAGAAACACCGUAAUGUCUAUUCGAAAUUACGAUGCCACAUACCUACAUAUAUCGUUGGCCGUCGGGGUUUUAAAAAGCAAGUGAUGAAUUUAAAAUGAGUCUAAUAAUGAUAUUUUAAAUGAUAAUGUAAAUAAAAGAAAUACUAAGUAAUAAAAUAGGUAAACACAAUAAUAAAAUAGGUUAAGACAAAAAAAAAUUUGACAUUGUCACCAGACUAAUCUAUAGCUAGACCUCGAUCCAAAAUACUUUUGCCAACUAGUAAAAUAGUGAGGCCCGUAAACACGUUGCUGAUACCGUCGACGUUUGGCGCCGCCCCUGCAUACCUACAUUGUAAGAUAGAGUCUAGAAUACUGAGAGAAAUUAAUGAGUGUCUGCGCCGCAACGCCCCACGUGGAAAACUGGGGCCACGAAAACAUAACUAUGCGUACACCAGUUCUUUAGACGCUCAAUGAAACAAGUCAUGUUACUAACGAAUAAAUAAAUAUACUUAAACAAUAAACACAUCACUAUUUAGCCCCAAAGUAAGCUUACUGAGUAGCUUGUGUUGUGGGUACUAAGAUAGUUAAUAUUAUAAUAUUCAUAUACAUUUAUAUACUACAUAUAAAUACUUAUAUUAUGAUGAAUGUUAAUGUUGAACCUUUUAUUUUCGUUGUUCUUAGAAUAUACAAAAAUAAAUUUCUAUUUUCUAUUACAAAAUACUAAAAUAAUACAGUUGAUAUCUAGUUUUUGAACUCUACAAAUAUUUUUGAUGUCACUUAAGUGGGUAUGAACUUUGAAAUAGGUUUCCCUAAAAUGUAAGUACAUACCUAUUUAAACAUACACGUUUGUUAACAUUUUUAUUCGAAUAACUUAUCUGUGAUAGAUACAGUAGAGUUAUAUUUAUUACAAACAUUUGAUUUACGCAUACAGACACCAUAAAAUUAGCCAAUAUUUAUUGUUUACUAUUAUUUAUUACUUAUUGAUUUAGAGCUCUGGGUAAAAUACAGUCGCGUUUAUAAAAACCACUAUUAUUAUUCAACUGUUUCACAAUCUAUCAUAAAUUAUAGAUAAUAAUAAUCCUUAUCUAACUUAUUUAUAAAUACUUAAGUAGAUAAAAAAGUUGAUCAUUACAGUAAGAAAAAUUGAAUUAUAAAGUACAUUUAAUACGAGUAUAAGUACUUUAUUUAUGAUUUGCUCAUAUUUUAUUAAAUACUUAAUGAACUUACUUCUGAACCUGGUGGAACCUUUAAGUGGUAGCCUUCAGGCGGCGUGCGGCGCGGGCAUUAGCGAUAUAUAAAUUAGUUAUGUGUUCCUGAAGUAUUAUUAUGUUUUAUUUAAAUUUUAUGACCGUCUCCAUCGCGGAUCUUCAAGUGUUACAUGUGAGCGACGACACAUAGGUACACCGCGCGAGUGGCGGCGUUAGACUAAUCGUGGACGUUGGUGACAUUGACUUUACGAGACACUUUACAAUUAAGAAAUACGCUUUAGAUUGUUAACAACAACUCCGGCAUCCCUGAUUCCUGGCUGCGGUUUCGCCUUAAUCUUUCUUACAUUGAUGAAGUUCAUCAGUUUAGCUUGCAAUCGCCCAAAGGCUAAAACUAGAUACGUUUGUUUUAUACUUUCAUACUAUUGCCUUCUUGUCUUCCUAUUUUCGAAAGACUGUAUAGCUUUGGAUGUAGUAGUAAAGUGUACUGACAAGCAUUUUAUAGGCGCGCAAGCCUGUUAAACUUGAGAAGCAUCGACAAUUUAAAAACUUGUUGGGUAUUAAAUUAUCACCCGUCUUGAUUGAUUUCUAAGCAAAGGUUUUUUGAAAAACGCAAUUCAAUAUUUACAUUUCCCGCACCACUCAAAAAAUUCAAGUGUUUCUGCUGUGUCGACGUGCCUUUAUUUUACACAAAUAAGGUGUUACCGCUGUCAACUAAUUAAUUUAUUCAAAUUAAAACUGUUUGCUGGGCAUACCUUUAUCUACUAAAUUGAAAGAUCAUUUUUCGGCAACAAUUGUGAAAGACUAUGCUUUGAAUAACUUUUGAGAUAUUUUCGCGAAGCUCCUUGCUCUUUGAAACGCAAGGCCGUCGACGCGCACUGACGUCGCCAACGCCUGACGCCGCCACUGAGCGCGUUAUCAUUAUAGUAUACGCUAAAGUUCUAGUCCACUCUGAAGUUGCAACACGCUGAACUGGUACCUUUGUAGCCUGAGAUUUCGUGCACUGCGCAGCCAAACGCUCCGUCUUCAGAGCGGAAUGGAACUUUGGCGUGAUUUAUAGCAUUGUAGAUUGAUUAUAUUACAAUAAGAGACAGCUACAGAUGCGACCGUGCGAGCUAUGCCUACCAGUGUUCGGCGGAGAUACUCACUAUGUCAUCUCACGAAAACUAUUUAGUAUUUAGUAUGUUAAGCGCUGUACAGUUAAGAGUAAAUCAACCUCAAAUAUAUAUUAGAGAGAAAUACCUACAGUCUACUCUCGAUGAUUUGAUUCGCAACCAGUCUGUGCUUCGCAGCUCUCUGUAAUUUGAAGCAUUCAUCAUGCACGCAUCUGUGAUUUGUUUACUUAGUAGCUCACGCCAGUAUCAUAGUUCAUUAGGCAAUCGUAGGACUUAAGUGGCUUAUUCAACAGAAAAUUACGAACGUCCGAGAUUCGUCUUACUUUAUGUGAAUGUUUAAAAUAAUAAAUUACGAAUUUUAGUCACUCUUGUUUACUUGGUUAAAUAAACUCUUGUUAUCUUGUAGUAUUUUUUUUCUCAGAUCAGUGUCAAAUUAUUGAGAGUCUACUGAAUAUUGUUUGUCACGUUUCGAUCGCAUGAAACACUGAUACGUAGUAUCUAGUACCUAUGUAGAGCUCCGGCAGCAAAUAUUGUAUAUAGUCGUAGAAUCGUAUUUGGAUAUAUUGUACCUAUUUCAUUAGCAAGUAAAAGCUGUGUGGGAGUAACGCUGCGACAGUCGCGUUACAAAAUUCUGUCACUUCUGUGUUUUGCGACGGUGCCACGCUGUGCAGGGCAUGGCGUGGGCCACAAUAUGUGCAAUAUAAUUAACAUAACCUACAAGAACGCGACGCGACAGUCGCGAUUGCUAUGCACGCGCUAGUAUCGUUUAACUGUAUGACGUAUUGCUCUUAGAUGGUACGAGCGAUAUGCAGUUUAUUCAUAAAGAAUUUUUCUAUGACAGCUUCAUGCAUCAUAGACUUACAUUGCGACUGUCGCGUGUGUGACGGUGCCAACACCCGUACCUACUCAUUAUUAAGGUCCCAAUAUACAGUGUAAUUUUUAUCGACCGAUUGAAUAUCGAAUAUCUACCACAUUACUAAGUGUUAGAGUAAAACUUGAAAAGGUACGGGCGUUCGAACGACGUCUUCUGCAGUUUCAUAUUGUAACGAGUGCAAGUUUCAUCUAUAGAAAUUCUAAUGACACUGAACACGCUCCUUGCUGUACUGCUGGUGAUGGCACGAUACCUACGAGAAUUCAACUCUUAUCUAACGGUUUGUGGUACCGUGGUUAACUUAUGUGGCUCGUGGUUUCAAGUUCUGGGCCGCGAUAUAAAAUAUCAAGCUUUUCUUUCUUACAAGAUGGUCUUGAUCAGAUUUCGCAGCUUACAGCUGGGAAGUUCGUGUUGUUACACCCCGUGUCUCGGACAGCACGUUGUACUGUUAGUCAUCAUGAACAUCUAACAGUGUAAUAUAGGUUGCAUUAUGAUGCUAAGCCCGCCAACUCGCAUUGUAUAGGAUGGGUAGCCUGGCCCUGCAGUGGGCCAUUAAAUAAAUAAAUGAAUUGAUUAAUGAAGCUUGCACUCGCCUGUAUCCUCACGCGCUGACAGCGCUGCGGCCACCUCUCUGUACAUAGCUGCCGCAGCGCCGACCUCUGUAUAGAACCGCUUCAGGAGCGGCCUCAAUAAAUAUUAUUUGCAAAAUGUA